UUGAUUAGCAUGCUGCACCGGAAGUUGCGUGAAAGGCGCGAAGAGUGUAAACAAGUUAGCCAAACUGUUAUGAAUAAGACACCAUUUACCGUAUGCGCUAUUAUUUAAUUUUAUACAUAAUAUCUGCCGCGUCAUGUUAACGUUUAAAAUGUUUAAUAAUUUUUACGCUUUGGAAGUUAAACAAACAGCCGGUUAACGUUAAGCCGGCGCGAGAUGUCUGGAGAGAAAGUUAAGCUAGCCCAGAAUAAAAAGCUAGUGUGUACUUUAAAUUAUGUCAGGAUACAGAACUCGUCUUUAGGUUUGCUGGCAGUCUUGAGUCUUUCUGCAACAAUUCGGACACAUUUGUGACUCAUGUCAAGUCUCCUCUCUGCUCAUCCACGGAGUGCAGAUUCAACAUGUCUAAAGCAGAAAAGGAGAACUUUAUUGUGAAGUUUGUGGAAAGUAAAGGAUCCAAACCAGAGUACGCAGUCCAAGCAUAUGAGGCCAUUCUGGAGCUGCAGUCUGAAAAGUACCUGAAAACCAUCCAGGAGGAAGAUGUGCUGCAGAUGGAGCAGAGGGAUAAGUCCCUGUUUGUUUUCAGCAGCUUCUCCACUCAGGCUUUCCUGCACUGCAAGAAGCUCGGCUGCAGGAUAGUGAGUCCGCUGGUGGUGUUGUACUGCCUGCAGCAGCAGCGUUGUGUCCCUAAAGCAGAAAAGCCUGUGUAUAACAUGGCAAUGGCUGAUAUUACCAUUUCCUGCACCAGUCUGGACAAGACAAUUCGGGCGGAGGUGAUGGAUCUGGUGCAACUCAUGGGUGGGCGGGUCUAUCUUGACCUUAACGUGUCUGUCACACACCUGAUUGCAGGGGAGGUGGGAAGCAAAAAGUACCUGGUGGCUGCCAACCUGGGAAAGCCCAUCCUGUUGCCCACGUGGGUCAAAGCCUGCUGGGAAAAAUCACAAGAUAGUCUUUUCAGGUACACAGACCUGCCGGUUGAAGACUACCUGUGCCCCGUGCUGCUGGGCUGCACCGUCUGUGUGACCGGCCUCUCCAGCGCAGAGCGCAAAGAGGUGCAGCGACUCUGUGAGCAGCACGGCGCCAAAUACACCGGCCAGCUCAAAAUGAACGAGUGCACGCACCUCAUCGUCAGCGAGCCCACAGGUCAGAAGUACGAAUGUGCCAGGAAGUGGAACGUGUAUUGCGUUUCUUUGCACUGGCUGUUCGACAGCAUAGAGAAGGGCUUCUGUCAGGACGAGAGCAAGUACGCAGUGCAGCACAAGGCAUCGGCAGCCACUCGGCCUCAGACGUCAACGCCUACGGGCAGCGGCAGGAGGGAAGACGGUCCGUCCCUGUUGGGCCUGAGCAACAUCUCCGUUAACCCUAGCGUGCCGGUAAACGACACGGCCCUCACCAACGUCACAGUCAGUCGCGUGGAGACGCCGGAUCCCUUAGACCGCCUGGACCUGGCCGCGUGCCCGGCAGAUGACGUGUUGGACGGUUGUAAGUUAUAUUUGAGCGGAUUCCCCGAGAAGAAGCUGGAGAAGCUGCGGCGGCUUGUGAACGCCGCGGGAGGCCUGCGCUUCAACCAGCCCAGCGAGGACCUCACUCACGUGGUCGUGGGAGAAAUGGACCAGGAGCUCCAGAAGUUUCUGUCCGCAGCAACUCACAGGCCCCAUGUGGUGACGGUGCAGUGGCUGCUGGACUGCUUCUCCAAAGGCAGCCUGCUCCCAGAAGACGGAUACCUCCACCCCGAAUGUCUUCCUCCAGCUGCUGCCACGUCCGUCCCGGCUCACCGCCCGCCGAGACAUCGGUCGUCUGUCGGCCCGCCGGUCACCGACCAGAGCACUCCCAGGCAACCAAUAACAGACGAGGAUCUUCUCUCACAAUACAUGGACGACGACCCCACAGUGGUUGAUAUGCCGCCACCAGCGGUAGAAAACAACACCACGAAGAACCUCAGCGCGGCUGCGGAGCCCCAGCCUGAGUCGUGGAACCACAGCAGAGGACCAGAACGAGACUCCCCCCCGCUGCAGGAUGGCCUGUUUGCCGGGAGAUCCUUCCUGCUGGUGGGCUUCGGCUCAGAGGCCGAGGAUCAGCUGUCCGCGCUGCUGAAAGAGCACGGAGGCAAGGUGCUGACGGGCCGCAGUCGAGCGGUGGCGGACUUUGCCGUGGUCCCCCAGCUGGGCUGCACGGUGGAGGCCACCGUGGACGAGGUGGUCACCGACACGUGGCUGGCCGUGUGCGUGGAGAAGGAGAGCGUUCUGCCGCUGUCCAUGAACCCCCUGUUUACCCCCGUUCCUGUGAGAGAGGGAUACUUUCCGCUCAAGGACUGCGUCCUGUCCGUCAGCCAGUUUACCGGAGCAGAGAGGGAGUCUUUGGUGGAGCUGGCCAAGCAUCUCGGAGCCAGUGUCCAGGAUUACUUUGUGCGCCUGGCCAACCAGAAGAAAGGCAUGCUGGCCAGCACUCACCUGGUGUUGCAGACUCCCGACGGGACGAAGUACCAGGCGGCCAAGAAGUGGGGGCUUCCCGCCGUCACCAUGCUCUGGAUACUGGAGUCUGCUCGGACAGGGAGGAGGGCGGCGGAGGAGAAAUAUUUGGUGGAGCUGCCCGCCUCUCCAGAGCGAGAAGACGAGAGCUUCGUCGGCGGAUCCCAGAAACCCGCUCGUUCCUCCCCAGAGAUCCCGUUGCUGGGUCCACAGAGCGGCAAAGCCGUCACCCCGCUGGACUCGGGUCGCUUUCAGAGCAAAGUGUUUCGCUCCGUGUUGGACGAGAUGAAGCCCAGAGAAAACCAGAGCACCCCGAAAGCGACCCAGGAGGGCGGCAGGAGGAAACCCGUCCAGAAGGAGGCCUCCCUUCAGCUGGACACUCCCUCUCGAUUCCUGGUCAGGGACCAGCUCUUCAGGCCGUCUUUUAACAUCAAGGACGCCCUCGGAGAUUUGGAGACUCCUGGCGGACGAUCGACACCAAGAGAAAGGGCGGAGACUCCGCUCACCGACGUCGUCAACAGGAACCUGAAGGUGGCGCUGGCCAACAGCUCGCGCAGCACCGUCUCAGAGAUGCAGGAACUCUCUGCCAGCCCCCAGCUGGCGAAGGCAGCGGAGACGGAGAGCCGACAAAAAGACUCGGGACCCCUGACCGGUGUUGUGAUCUGCGUGGGGAAGAAACUGAGCAAAAUGCAAAGUGAGCUGAACGCUAUUGCUGCCUCGCUAGGAGCUGACUUCAGGUGGGCGUGUGACAACACAGUGACGCACUACAUCUACCAGGGUCGAGUUGGGGACAACUCCCGCGAAUACAAAGCCGUGAAGGAGAGGGGUCUGCACGUGGUCUCCCAGUGCUGGCUGCACGCUUGCGCUGAGGAGCAGAGGCACGUCCCCGAGUCUCUGUAUCCUUUCACCUAUAAUCCCAAGAUGAGUCUGACCCUGAGCCAGGUCCCCAGCAGCUCCCAGAGGUCUCCUCCGCCUUUAACACGAACACAACACAAAGACGCCACUGAAUCCAGGCUCAACAAGUCCAAUCUUGUUGCUGCACAGGAGAGCGCAGCCGUGCCUCCUGUAAGUAAUGGCUGCAUUGAAGGAGAGGAGAUGAACGACAGCACACAGAAAAGAGAUACUCCGGAAAUGAGAGAGAACCUGCAAAGGCAGCUUCAGGAGAUCAUGUCGGCCACCAAGAUGACAACGGGCCGGCGCACUUCUGUCAGACUUGCCAGGAUGGGCUCGGGUGGCUCUGACUCGGGUCCAAACACGCCUGAAGGGAACCGGGCUGGACGCAGCGGGAGCAGACGGACUCUGGAAGCUCUGCGGGUGACCAGAGAAGCAGUGAUGGACAUGAACACUGAGCCGUCUCAGAGUGAGCAGAUAGUUUGGGACGACCCUAUCGCCCGGGAGGAGAGAGCCAAGCUGGCGGAUAAUUUACAGUGGCCUGGGAGCCCAUCUCAGCAUUCAGAGCCCCUGGCAGCACCCCCCCCUCCCACUGCAGAGAACGGACCGCACUUUAAGGACUCGAUGACAGACUCCGAGCUGGUGGAGAUGGCUGCUUGCGAGGUCAUAAACCAGCAAAUGGGUCAGAAGUUCAUGACGCCUCCAUCAGAGGACCCAGAAGAGGACAUCCUCACUCCUAAGGCUCCCAGCAUCGCCUUCCCUCUGGCCAAACCGCCUGUAGCACCAGAGCCGCAGGAAGAGAAACAGGAGGAGAAACAGCCGCCCAGAUUUCAGCUGUCCUCCCUCAGCCCUCAGGAGCGCAUCGACUACAGCCAUCUCAUAGAGGAGCUCGGGGGGGUCGUCAUGGACAAGCAGUCUUUUGACCCCAGCUGCUCCCACAUCAUCGUCGGGAGUCCCCUGCGAAACGAGAAGUAUCUGGCCGCCAUGGCGGCCGGCAAAUGGAUCCUGCAUCGCUCGUACCUGGAGGCUUGUCGCUCAGUGGGGCAUUUCAUUCAGGAGGAGGAUUAUGAAUGGGGCAGCAGCUCCAUCUUGGACGCUCUGCCCUCCAUCACCUCUCAGCAAAGGAAACUGGCCUUAGCUGCAAUGCGCUGGAGAAAGGCUCUGCAGGGAGGCUCUGAGCACGGCGGCGCUUUCAGUGGGUGGAGGGUGAUGCUGAACAUCGACCAGAGCAGAGAGUCGGGCUUCAGGCGCUUGCUGCAGUCUGGUGGAGCGAAGGUGCUGCCCAGUCCCUCCCAGUCGCUCUACAGAGAGGCCACGCAUCUGUUCGCAGACUUCAGUCGCCUCAAACCCGGCGACUUCAGAGUGGACGUAGCCGAGGCCACGGCACAAGGGGUGACCUGCUUGAAACCCGAGUACAUCGCAGAUUACCUCAUGCAGGAGCCAACGCCGCCCAUCAAGCUGUACUGUCUGACUGCAGCUCCGCCCGAGGAAGCCCCAGGCACGCCGUCUCGUAAACGUAAAGCAGCAGAAGACACAUCCAGGCUGAAAAAGAGCCGUCUGAACUGAAAACGUUGACUGUAAAUAGGAUUUGUUUGUUUUUUUAAAUGUUGUAGGGAAAUGAAAUAAAACCGAGCAACUAUUCAGUCAAUUCCGCUGGCUCUGCUCCAACCACUGCAGUUGCUGCUGCUCACACCGAGUCUGCACUGAUGGGAUGGCUGAAAUAUACGGCGUGCAGAAAAUGUUGAGUCAUGGUUUGUCGUUUUUGCUGCAAUGAGAUGCUGCAGCCUGUAGAGGGCGGUGCAGGGAUUGCAUUGACUCAAAAAAGAAAACCUGUGCCUGUUAAAUGCUAUUUAAAGACUGUGUUUACUGUUUGUCAUUGAAUAUUUCCACUUUAAUAUUGCAGAAUGUGCUAAAUGUAUCAUUAAAGAGAAUUUAAUCUUACA